AUGCUUGCAAAUGCUAUCUCCUUCAAUCACUUACCGGGAACAGAUGAUGCCAUACUUCCUUUCCAUGCAACAGCUCUCAACAUCAUGCACAUCCUUAAAAGCUACAGUGUCAACUGUAAAGACGUGGGCACCGUGGCCGAAGACAUGCGGACGUUCUUGCCCAGAAUCAUGUCGUACAUUGAAAAGCAAGAGCCAAUCCGCAUGGUUCUGCCUGCAUUCCCAUUCAAGUCACCCAAUUAUCAAGACAAAACCCUCGGUGUUCUUCCAGACCUAGCAGAAGAACUAGCCCUGCAUCAUCUCAAUGGCCUGUGCCUGAAUAUCAGCCGGGUGUAUAAGCAUGGUGCUGAGGUUCACAUCACAUCUAAUGGAUUAGUAUACAACAAGCUGACCAUCCACUUCAGAGAUCCCUCCUUCUCCCCAGACGCCGCAAUCAAGACUGAUAUAAAUAUCUGUCUAACAUAUCGCGGAUACAUUAAGUUCCUUACCAAAGAUCUGGCCCAAAAGGUGGUAUCUAAAAGCAAACGGGCUCAAGCUACCGAAAUCGCGCAGACCGCACGAAGUAUGAUUGUUCAAGGUCAGAUGUUCGCCGCGGCCAUCCAGGCCCAGCGAGGCAACUACGUUCAGCUCUCCAUUCACGAGUCAGCCAAGGGUCGCAAGCUCUCCGUGCCCUUGAUUCCACAGAAGCAGGGCAUCAUUAGUCACACACCCUGGCAUUCGUGCGUUGCAGUAGGUGUCAACAGCUUUUACCGGGCUACACAUGUCAAUCAGGUCCGCGACACCCAUGAUCUCGCCGAAAACGGCCUACAAAUUCAAUUCGAACAUCUCUACCCCUGUGGGCUCAUCAUCCGCCCAUUCAGUAAUACUAGCCAGUCACCUUCCCUCCGCAGCCUCCCCAUGCGCAAGAUCCGACAACUAUCAUGCCACAUGUCCCCAGUCAUCUGCUGUGGAUUUUCCGACACCAACAACAAAGACAUAUUCGUAGACAAAGCCGCCGAGCUAGGCAAAGUCACUGCCUGGAGCCAGGACAUCAUCGUCAAAGUCCGAGACUCCAAACGUCAAGACAAGAACAACAACAACAUCAAAUCCAACGAGGCCAUGCCCAUGCACUUCGACGGCAUGUUUCGACUAGAAUAUAAAACCGACCCCACGACCGGCGAAACCAAUCGCGGCAUGGAUAAUGACGGGUUCUGGGAUACCAAGAUAUACAAUCUCCCACUGGUGAUUCCUUACCCGCAUCAGCCCUGGACAGUCAACGAGACUAAGUUCAGCACUUGCAAUGUGACCAUUCAUAAUGAUAAUGCUAGUCUGAUUCCCCAGAUUGAUGAUCUGACAUAUAAUUAUCGUGAUGUGCUUAUUAAUGAUAAUAUCUCGAUACUUCAUACCCGGACGGUAUAUACUAGUGAUUGUGAUUGA